CUUCCGCAUUGCGUCUGCACCAGCGCCUCUGCUCGCAAAGUUGGGCGAUUCUCGGGUCUUGCUCAGGGCUCGGGUCGCGUCUCUGACAUGGAGGUUGGUCCAGGCUGCCGCGCAUCUCUGCAGGAAAUGCUGUCAUUCAGGGAUGUGGCCAUUGAUUUCUCUGCAGAGGAGUGGGAAUGCCUGGGCCCUGCUCAGUGGAGUCUGUACAGGGAUGUGAUGCUGGAGAAUUACAGCAACCUUGUGUUCCUGGGGCUUGCUUUUUCUAAGCCAUACCUGGUCACCUUUCUAGAGCAAAGACAAGAGCCUUCAGACGUGAAGAGACAAGCAGCUGCCAUACAAACAGAUAUAAAACCAUAUAAAUGUAAAGAAUGUGGCAAAGCCUGUGAUUGGGACUCACUCCUUGAAUACCAGAGAAUUCAUCCAGGAGAGAAAGCCUUUAAGUGUGAAGAGUGUGAUAAGGCUUCCGAUUCUUGCUCCGUACUUUCUGAACACCAGAUAAUUGAUACAGGAGAGAAAGCCUACAAGUGUGAAGAAUGUGGCAAAGCCAUUUGUACUUGCUCAGGACAUUCUAGCUACCAGAGAAUUUGUAUUGGAGAGAACCCCUACAAGUGUGAAGAAUGUGGAAAAGCCUUCCCCACUUAUUCAUGUCUUACUGAGCACGAGGUAGAACACACUGAACAAAAAUUCUAUAGCUGUGAAGAGUGUGGAAAGCUGUUUUAUUGUCAUUCUCACCUUACAGAACAUCAAAGAAUUCAUUUUCAAGAGAAUUCCUUUAAGAUUGAAGUGUGUAGCGAGGACUUUUGUUCUCCCAUGGAACUUUCUAACGACCAGAGAUUUUGUACUGAAGAGAAGCCCUACAAGUAUGAAGAAUGUGUUAAGGUCUUUAGUGCUUGCUCAAUGCUUUCUGAUCACCCAAGAAUUCAUCCAGGAGAGAAAGCCUACAAGUGUGAAGAGUGUGGCAAUGCCUUUUGUGCACUCCAUUCAGUCUCUAAACAGCUGAAAAUUGAUUGUGAAGUGAAGUCCUACAAGUGUGAAGAAUGUGGGAAAGUCUUUCCUAGUCAUCUUUCCCUGAUUCAGCAUAAGAUAGGUCAUACUAGAGAGAAACCUUACCAAUGUGAAGAAUGUGGCAAAAUGUUUUACUGUUCUUCAAACCUUAAGCAACAUCAAAUAACUCAUUCUCAAGAGAAACCCUACAAGUGUGAAGUAUGUGGCAAGGUCUUUAGAACUUGCUGGCAACUUUCUAAACACCUGAGAAUCCAUUCUGGAGAGAAACCAUACAAGUGUGAAGAGUGUGGCAAAGCCUUUUAUACGCUCUCAUACCUUACUCAUCACAAAUUAGGUCAUACUGGGGAGAAACCUUACAAGUGUGAGGAAUGUGGCAAGACCUUUUACUAUCCUUCAGUCCUUAAGGAACACCAAGCAAUUCACUCUGGAGAGAAACCAUACAGGUGUGAAGAAUGCGGCAAGGACUUCUGUACGCGCUCAGGACGUUCUAGACACCAGCGAAUUCAUACUGGAGAGAAACCCUACAAGUGUGAGCAAUGUGGAAAGGCCUUUUCCACUCAUUCAUACCUUUCUCAUCACAAGAUAGUUCACACUGGCCAUAAACCCUACAAGUGUGAGGAAUGUGGCAAAAAAUUUUACUAUCCUUCUCGCCUUAAGGAACAUCAAAGAAUUCAUUCUCAAGAGAACCCUUACAAGUGUGAAAUUUGUGGCAAAGCCUUUUAUACUCACUCAUACUUUACUCAGCACAAAUUAGGUCAUACAGGAGAGAAACCUUACAAGUGUGAGGAAUGUGGCAAGACCUUUUACUAUCCUUCAAUCCUUAGGGAACACCAAGCGAUUCAUUCUGGAAAGAAACCAUACAGGUGUGAAGAAUGCGGCAAGGACUUCUGUACGCGCUCAGGACGUUCUAGACACCAAAGAAUUCAUACUGGAGAGAAACCCCACAAAUGUGAAGAAUGUGGGAAAGUCUUUUCUACUCAUUCAUACCUUACUCAGCAUAAGGUGGUUCACUCUGGAGAGAAACCCUACAAGUGUGAGGAAUGUGGCAAAAAGUUUUACUAUCCUUCUCGCCUUAAGGAACAUCAAAGAAUUCAUUCUCAAGAGAACCCUUACAAGUGUGAAAUUUGUGGCAGUGUCUUUUGUACUCCCAAAGGACUUUCUAAACACCAGAGAUUCCACACCGGAGAGAAACCCUACAAGUGUGAAGAAUGUGGAAAGAUGUUUUACUAUCCUUCUCGCCUUAAGGAACAUCAAAGAAUUCAUUCUCAAGAGAACCCUUACAAGUGUGAAAUUUGUGGCAAAGCCUUUUAUACUCACUCAUACCUUACUCAGCACAAAUUAGGUCAUACGGGAGAGAAACCUUACAAGUGUGAGGAAUGUGGCAAGACCUUUUACUAUCCUUCAAUCCUUAGGGAACACCAAGCGAUUCAUUCUGGAAAGAAACCAUACAGAUGUGAAGAAUGCGGCAAGGACUUCUGUACGCGCUCAGGACGUUCUAGACACCAGCGAAUUCAUACUGGAGAGAAACCCUACAAGUGUGAGCAAUGUGGAAAGGCCUUUUCCACUCAUUCAUACCUUUCACAGCACAAGGUGGUUCACUCUGGAGAGAAACCCUACAAGUGUGAGGAAUGUGGAAAGAUGUUUUACUAUCCUUCUCGCCUUAAGGAACAUCAAAGAAUUCAUUCUCAAGAGAAUUCCUACAAGUGUGAAGUGUGUGGCAAAGUCUUUAGUGCUCACUUAGAACUUGCUACACACCUGAAUAUUCAUUCUGCUGGUGUGUAGGAUGUGGAAAGUUUUUAACUUAUCCAUCCUUACCUCGACACAAAUUCCUAGAGAGAAAUCAACCUGUGUAAGGAAUGUGGCAAAAUGUUUUCUGUCCUCCAAACCUUAAACAACACCAACUAACUAGUUCUGGAGGGAAAUCACACAAGUGUGAAGACUGUAGGAAGGUCUUUUGUACUCACUUAGAACUUUCUAAACAUCAAAAGAAUCAUACUGGUGAGAACGACCACAAAUGUGGAAAAGCUUCUACUAGACGUUUUAUCCUUACCCAGCACAAGGUAAUUCAUUCUAUUCAGAAACACUAUUCAUGGGAAAAUGCUGGAAAAUUUUUAGUCUUCAAUUCUUAAAAAAACGUCACAGAGUUCAUUCUCAAGAGAGACCCUGCAAGUGUGAGGGGUGUGUCAAAGCCUUUGGUUAUCAUUCAGACCUUAUCCAACUCAAAUGAAUCCAUCGCAGAGAGAAACCUAACCCUUGUGAAGUAUGUGGCAAGUGCUUUACUAAUAAAUAAUUCAACACUUUCUAACCUCCAUAAAAGUUAUACUGGGGAGAAACACUACAAAUGUGAAUGAAUCGACAAGCCUUUUAGAGGCUCUAUCGGUUAACACCAAAGUGUUGGUACUGAAGAGCGACCUCAACAGUAGAGCAUGUUAUGAAGGUUUCAUUUGUCAGUCAGCUCUUGCUGAACAUCAGAGAAUUCACACUUAGGAGAAUCUCUAGAAAAUAUACGGAAUAUAGGCAGGUGUUUAGUUAUAAUUUGCCACUGCAUAAGCAUGAAAGAAUUAGUACCACAGAAAUGCAAAGAAUAUGGCAAGGCCUUUAGCUGUUUUUCAUACUUUAAUUAUCCUCAGAGACUUCAUACUGGAGAGAAACUACACAUAUAAAUAAUGUGUCAAACCCUUUAAUAAUAUUUCAAAUCUCAGUCAACACCAAAGAAUUCAGUAAGCUUCACUGUUCAACUUCACACCUCUUCAUUUUCUAAGGGAGUCUCAGCUGUGUGGUUGCCCGGAUCUGACUGGCCUACAGAUGUGGCUAUGGGACCCUGGAUGCUGAUUAAUGCCCAGUCCCACCCCUGGGCAGAUGGUCCUGGUGAAUGAGAAUUCUGGCCAAGCAGAAAUCAGAGGGAGCAAGCCAGUAAACAGAAUACUUAAGUUCCUGCCUCAAGAUUUCUCCCGUGAGCUCUUUCCCUGGCCGAACUGGUUUUCGAAUUCCUAAACUGGAGUAAACCCUUUCCUCUCCUAAGUUGUGUCUUAGUCAUGGCAUUAUCACAGCAACAGACAUCAAAGUCAGACAGCAGUGGACAUGUAAAGGCUUUUCAAUUUUAUACCUUAAUUAUCAUCAGUCUUCCUACUGAAAGAAUGUUACAAUGUCUUUUAGAGUGGAGAAUCAGGCCCCUAGCGUCAGCUAAAAACACCUGAGUCCUAUAGCAGAGACUUCCCUUUGCUGUAAUCUACAAACCUGUUCUUUUAGACAAUGUUUUCAGGGUGCAUCAAUUGAUCUAUAACUACAAAUGUUUCCUGAAAUUGUUACCAUGUUGUCGGUCUGUACUUGGCUAACCUGAAUCUGGAUUCUUGAGCCAUGAUCUUUAUGGCGGAUUUCCCCCUUGGGAUCCCCCAAUUGUUAGUAACUCUUCCCUUUUGGUCUGUAAGAAAACCCAAUAAAUUCACUUUUCUCAUCAAUUUGGGAUGUGGUAAAAUCCUAGGAUCAUUUGUUGUUGGGUCCCUUUGUAGUGACUAGGCAUUCGUUUGUGUCUAGAGAUAGGUAACAUAACACAUGUCAUUCAUAUAUGGCUCCAAAAUAAACAAUGUCUCAUUUCCUUUCA